AUGAACAGAUUUGAAGAAGCUUUAGAAAAUUAUGAUUCAGCAAUGUAAAAAAAUCCGGAUGAUUCUCACCAUUACAAUGGCAAAGGUAUACUUCACAAUAGUUGAUAUUUUAGCUAUUACUCUAUAAAAAUUGAACAGACUAGAAGAAGCAUUGGAACAUUAAGAUUCAGCAAUAUAAAAAUAUCCAGAAAAUUCUUACUAAUAUAAAUUAUUCUUAUAAGAUAUUCUAAUCAAGAAACACAUAUGA